UUGAUAUUUUUUUUUGGCAAGCAAUAAUGAGAAUUAAACCUACCUCUUUCCUCAAUCCUUAUUUUGGUCAUGGCCGUAGUCUCCCACGUCGUCCAUACGACAUCUGUGAAACUCCUUUGGCGCAACGGAAGAGGGUGGUCAGGCCAAAGGAGGAGCUUCAGAUUGGAAAUUCUGAUGAGCUAAGCAACUUACCUGAAUCUGAAUCUGAAACAGAAACUCGGGAUGAGAAGAUCUCUGAGGCUACUGCCUCCACGCCUCCACCACCUCUGUCAAGGUCAAGCGUGCACGACCAAUCCAUCCGCAUGGCUGAUUUUGGCUUUGGAAAAGAAGAAUCACAUUAAGAUGAGGAACACGAAGAAGACACCAACGCUUAAGGCAUUCGAGAGCAAAUCCAGCACCUAAGGCUUCCGUUUAUCCUAUAAUCACCAGAACUACCGUCGCUUUCUAAUUUCCUAGUGCUUUGUAAACUUACAACCAGAAAUAAAUGUACGAGUUGGAUUCUCAGGGUCUUGUGUUAGUUAUCCGAAAUGUUCUCGUCUGGACUUAUGUGAAGGUGAUCUCUAAACUGUUAGAAUAAUAUCCCAAAAAAAAUUCAUCUCUA